AUGGCGAACGCAGAGGACCAGUACAAGCUUUCACAAGAGCAAAUUGACUUCUUCCUGGAGAAUGGCUGGUUGAAGCUGAGCAACUGCUUUACCCAGGAGCAAGCCGAUGGUUUGCAGGAGACAUUAUGGACGAGAUUGGGCAUGGAUCCAAACGACAUAUCGACAUGGCACACUGAACGAACAAACAUGCCCUUCUUCAACGAAUUUUCCGUCUCUGAGUUCGCCCCCAAAGCCUGGGCUGGAAUCUGUUCUCUCCUCGGCGGCUCGCAGCGCGUUGACUCUGCCGCCUCGACCUGGAGAGACGCCUUCAUCGUCAACCUAGGCACUCCGGAGGGCCACAAUACCGUCGUGCGUCCCCAAGACCUUCCCGGCUGGCACGUGGACGGCGACUUUUUUGUCCACUACCUUGACAGCCCCGAACAAGCCCUCCUUGUCAUCCCACUCUGGACCGACAUCGUCCCCGGUGGCGGCGGCACAUAUAUCUGCCCCGGCGCCAUACCAACCGUAGCCAAGCAUUUGUACGAGAAUCCUGACGGCGUAAGCCCGCGCAUGACGCCGCGAGCUCAGAACCCAGACUUUUUCGAGGAACAAGGUCUUCGUUGGUUCAACGAGCUUGCGCAUAGUAUGCCCGAUGAGGCGUUUGUGGAAGCUACAGGUGUGGUGGGCGACGUGUAUCUCCUGCAUCCACUUAUGCUGCACUCUGCGUCUAACAACCAGUUGCGCAAAGUUCGCGUCAUUACGAAUCCCCCGGUUUCUGUAAAGGAGCCUUUUUGCUUUGAUAGGGAGGAUGGCGACUAUAGUGCGGUGGAGCGGAAAACGAUGAAGGCGCUAGGCAAGGAUAGAAUUGAAGGGUUCAAGAUUACAAGCAAGAGACAGCGGGUUGUUCCUGCACGAGUGCGUAUCCAGGCGGAGAUGAAGCGCAAAGAGGAGGAGAGAUUGAAGAAGUUGAAGGAAGACAGUAGUUUGGAACGAGAGAAGGAAGGCGGAAGAGAGGUGGCUACUGCUGCCUAA